CUGGGGAUUUGGCCUCCACGCUUGUUCUUGGCCUCGUCCCAGGGACAAGCCCAAAAUAACCCCUCCAGAGGCCAGGAACAAGGAAAGGCUGGAACAAGGAAAGGCUGCCGUUGGCAACCAGGGGUGCAAGUAGGGUUUAAAACAUGGGAAACCCAAUUAACUUGGCUCCAUUAGCUGAUUGAGCUGGCUGAUAAGAGUAUGAUUAAUUAAAAGGAUGAAGAAUAAGUUACCAGGUCUUCGCUGCUGUCAGGAUGUGGCGAUGGCUUAAUGCAUGAAAUUGGCUUCUUCUCUUAAUACCUGGUGCUCAGCUACCACUGGCCAUCAGUCCUGCAGGGAGAAACAUCCUUGUGCCCACACCGGGUCUGCUCCCUGCUCCUCUCCCGUCCAGCUUCCAGGGAUGAAAAAAAAAAAAUACAAGGGGAAAAUACAAUCCCCCUGGAUGGGCGAUGCAGGAGAGAACCUCCUUCAUUAGCUGUGCUGCUCUGGCCAGCUCUUGGUCUGGCCCUGGGAGCCCAGUGAUGCAGAGGGAUGGGGUCUGGUCCUCUCCCGCGCUGCCCCGGGCAGAUUCCCGCUCCCGUUCCAGGCUGACAGGAGCUGACAGUAGAGGCAAGCAGGGCGCACUCCUCGGCUCUCUGCCCAGGGGCUGCAGCCUCCCCCAGGGCUUGGAGCCAGGCAAGAAGGGAAAUCUGAACAGGUUUAUAAAUUUCUGUAGGAAUCCAGCUCGCUGGAGUUGGGUCUGAAACAGGAGGGGUCACCACUCGGUGUUUCUGCCUGAGGCUGAGGGAGGUGGGAGAAGACUCAACUCACAUCCACUCCUUCCCUGUCAAAGAAACCCCAGCCCUGACUCUCAGUUUUUCCCUCAUGACAGCAGGAGAGAUGGUGGUCUGGUCCAAGGGGUCCCUGUGUGCUUCCCCCUCUUCCCACCCUCAAGAGCCAUGACCGCUCUGGCACCCGCUCAGUGGUUUGGUGGUGGCAGAAGUGAUGUCCCUGCACAGGGGCCAUGGUGGCACUUGGUCACCUGCAUUUCCUGAGGACUUCUAGGGGAAUUUUCAGCCCUGUCAUCCCUGGGAAGAGCAGCAGCUGGUGUGGGCAGUGCUGCCCCUGCUCCUCCACUCCCCUUCUCUCCCUGCCCCAAACAGGGUGACAUCCCAUUUCCCAGGGACAGCUCCUUCCUGUGCCCACCCUGCCGUUUACCAGCAUGGAAACUGGUGCCAACAACCUCAGGGUAUCUUAGAAACGAGCAAACAAAGGCAAGAAGACCUAAAGAUACCGGGUGGGGAUGUGCCUGGUGGCUGAUGGGGAAGGGACAGGCAUCCUCCAGGCCCCGGGGCUGUCGGUCACAUCGCUCCAGCACUCAACCUGAAAUGAAAGAUUAUAUGAUUGGAAAAAACCAUCCAGCUGUAAAAGCAGCAGAGCAAUUUCCUGGGACCUUUUAAUAGCCUCGUUUCAUUAUCUCCUGCAAUCAAAGAGAAACUUGUGUUUGAUGAGCACAGGGUACUCAGGAGACAAUUUAGGAUCUUGGGGAUGAAUUUGGGAGUGGAAGGGUAUUUAGUGGCAUCGCUGAGUUGCUUGGGCUUACUCACCACAGGAGAAAUCCUGAAAUCCCUUGAUAUUUUAAGAAGGAAACAUCAAAAAUCUGGUGCAAAGUGCUCCUGCAGUGGGGUUUUAUCUGUGGAGGCGGGUUGGGUUAGGAUUGGGCAGGGAGGGCAUGGAAAUCGCUGGGGUACGUGGGAAUGUGUGGGUGCCCUGUGCCUGCUGGGGGCUGUAAGGACCGGUGCAGAUGGAAAGAGCUGCCAGCUCCUGCUAGGAAAAUGAUGACUCAAACCAGCCGCUGGGAUUUGAGGCUUCUUCUACCGCGCAUGAGCUGGGCUGGAGGGGGGUUUUCCCCCCGCUGUGGUCGGGGGCAGUUCCGGGAGGCCCCGGGAUGGGGGGGGAACCAGCACAAAAUGUGCUCCAGAUGCUGUCAGGGCUGGGAUGCAUCAGGCAGGACCAGGCUGCGCUGGGGAGCCGGAAAGGGAUUUCCCCCUUUUCACCGGGAACAAAAAUAACACAGGCACGUGAUAGCUCAUUUCCUUUAGCCUUUAAAAAGCCCCGUGGGAUGGUGAGAACAGGGGAAGGGGAUCAGCCCAUCCUGCCUGGCGUCCCCUGCCACGUCGCAGCUGAAAAAAAAAGCACAAAAAUCACCUUUUACCUCCAAAUCCUUCCAGUGGUGUGCAUCUGGUGGGGGGGAAUAUACCUUUGUACUGGCUUUAUCCCAAACUCCCCUGUAUGCAAACCCUCCCUUUAACAACCACCCUGCUUUUCCCUCUGGCAGCAACCCAGGGAACCGGUUGCAGUCACUUCUGGACACGUGUGUGGCACGUAGGCCGGUGUCGUGGUGGCCGCGUUCCCGAGCCAGGAGCUGCGGGCCCCGUGCCAGCGGAUCAGCUAAACCCCGGGAUGACGAGCGCCGUGGCAGCUGAGCGCCAGCCGGGGCCGGGACCCGGAGGAGCGGCCGGGGCGCGGUGCCGCGGCUGAGCCCGGUGAGCUGUGCCGGACCCCCGCGCCGCCGGGGCCAGCAGCAGAUGCUCCUUACCUGGCACUCGGAGCCACUGGGGGCCCUCGCCGUGGCUGAACUACGCGGAUGGAAAGCUGCAGCCCGGCAGGGAGCCUUGCUGGCCGGCUGACACCAUCCCGCGCCCUAUGCCCGCGCCCUGUGCCGGAGCGGGCGCCGUCCCCGGCUCAGCCACCCGCCGACCAUGAAGUGCUCCUUGCGCUUCUGCUUCCUCUCGACCGCCUUCCUGCUCGUCUUCGUCAUGUCCCUCCUCUUCACCUACUCCCACCACAGCAUCGCCUACCUGGACCCCGGCGGGCUGGGCGGCAUCCAUCGGGUGAAGCUGGUGCCCGGCUACGCUGGAAUGCAGCGGCUCAGCAAGGCGGGACCGUACCCGCGGGGCUGCUCCUGCCGCCGCUGCCCCGCCGAGGAGCCCGGGGCCACCGACUGGUUUGACGGGCGCUACGACGGCAGCGUGUCCCCGGUGUGGACCAAGGAGAACAUGGACCUGCCGCCCGAUGUCCAGAGGUGGUGGAUGAUGCUGCAGCCCCAGUUCAAGUCCCAAAACACCCACGAGGUCCUGAGUAAGCUGUUCCAGAUCGUGCCAGGAGAGGAUCCCUACCACUCCCGUGACCCACGGCGCUGCCGCCGCUGUGCCGUGGUCGGCAACUCAGGCAACCUGCGUGGCUCUGGUUACGGGCCCGAGAUCGACGGGCACGACUUCGUCAUGCGGAUGAACCAGGCCCCCACAGUGGGUUUUGAGGGCGAUGUGGGUGGUCGGACCACACACCACUUCAUGUACCCCGAGAGUGCCAAGAACCUGCCCGCCAACGUCAGCUUCGUGCUGGUGCCCUUCAAAACCCUGGACUUGCUCUGGAUCGCCAGUGCCCUCUCCACUGGCCAGAUCAGGUUCACGUACGCGCCUGUGAAGCCUUUUCUGCGUGUGGACAAAGAAAAGGUACAGAUCUACAAUCCUGCCUUCUUCAAGUACAUCCACGACCGCUGGACGGAGCACCACGGGCGCUACCCCUCCACGGGCAUGCUGGUGCUGUUCUUCGCCCUCCACGUCUGUGACGAGGUGAACGUCUUUGGGUUCGGCGCUGACAGCCGGGGGAACUGGCACCACUACUGGGAGAACAACCGCUAUGCGGGGGAGUUCCGGAAGACGGGGGUGCACGAUGCCGACUUCGAGGCGCACAUCAUCGACAUGCUGGCCAAAACCAGCAAGAUCGAGGUUUACCGGGGCAACUGAGGGCGUUGCCACCCCCGGCUCCCUGCUCUGCCGGGUCCUGCUGCCUGCGGGGGCACAGGGUGAGGGUGGCCCCGGUGGCCUCGGGUGACGAACACCAGUCGGGCAGCGCCGCCGACAGAGCCACCCCGGCGAUAUUUGGUGCCUCCAGCAGCCAAUCAGGUUCAGAGCUAAAGGAGACUUUUUGCUUUUUUAAUUAUUAUUAUUAUUAAGAAACCCAGCUGAGAAAGGAUUUAUAAACACAAUCAGCGACUGACCGGGCGGCGGGGGCGGCCGCCUCGCAUCUCUACAGUCAAACCAAAUGCUGCUCUUUUUAAAACAAGACAACCCCCCCACCCCGAAGUUGGGUGACUUUGGGGAACCCCUCGAGCACCAGAGUGUGGGCUGAGGGAGCCGUGGCGGCUGCGCAGCCUCACCAGUGGAACCAGCUGCUUCUUCCUUCCUUUAUUUUGCAUUUUUGUUGGUUUUAUUUCCCACCUGGGGCAGCCGAUGCCUGGUUUCUCCGGAGAAGGCUCCCAGCAGAGGCAGGUCCCAGCACAUGGAUCCGUGGGGAGGAGCUGGCAGCUGCAGGAGGCCGAUCAUUGCAGGCUGGUGGUUACUGGCACAGCUGGAACCCUGACUUCAACACCCAGGAUCCCUGCUCCUCUACCCGAGGACUGAGGAAGGAUAAGACAGAUUUUGGGAGCGACUGUGCAGGAGGCAGCUAAGAAACCCACAGGAGCAGCAGCCCUGGCCCUCUGGCUGGGCUCUGCAAGCAGCUGCAGGAUUCCCAAGGCUGUGGGAUGCAGCAGGGUCAAGGAGACAGGAUUUCCUUUGCUUUCAGGCUGGGAAAAAAACAGAUUAGAGAUAGCUUUAGAGGGUGAAUGAACCGUGCUUUUGCUUUUGUGUUGCUCUAAAGAGCUCUGGUGAGAAGCUGAAAUCCCAAAGUCUGCUCCAUUUGCGAGGGUGGCACUUGGUUUAGGCCAGUCUGAUACAGCUGGUGCCCUCAGGGUCCCCAGGGCCUCCCAGGCUGGACAGGCGGGAGACAGGGAGGUGCUGAAGGAAACUGCUUCCCCAGAGGUGUCAUUAAAACCACUUUUCUUUGGGUCAAUCAGGUGGGUGGGUUUGGUUUUUUUUUUUUUGGUUUUUUUUAGGAGGUGCUGGAAAGCUCAAGAGAAAGGCAAUCAUGGAAAAGGUCCCCCAGAGAGGGACCCUCAACCUGUGCAGCCAAGAGUGGGGUGGGGGCUGUGGGGUUGUGCCCAGCUGGGGAAGCCCUGCCCACACUGCCUGGUUGCAAUAGUUAUUUGAGGAACAAUCACCACAGGGGUUUUUUUGGGCUUUGAGGAUUUUUACCCUUUUGUGUCUGGCUUUUCUGUAGCAGCCUCUUACCUGUUUCUCUGCUUCAGUUUGGCUGUUUUUCAGGGUUUUCUUCUCUUUUUUUUUUUUUUUGAUGUUUCUCUCUGCAAUCGUCAAACACAAGGGUGUGGGUUGGUCACCUGGAGCAGGCACUCAGGAGCCCCUGGGCUGGGGAAAUUCAGCUUUUCUGUCCACAGGGCUUUAAACCCUUGAGUUUUGUGGUGGGUUUUGGUAGAGGUGGAGCUGCCCCAGCGCUGGCAGCCCCGAGCCCAGGGACGCAGAGGCAGCUGGCAGCGAGCCCUGCUCUCCACCUUCCUGCGUGGCUUUUUAGUUUUUGUUUGUCUGGGUUUUUUUUUUUUUUACAGGGAAGAAAAGUAAAAACCACAAAACCACAAGCAACAAUGAGUGCCUUGACCAUCUCCCAUGGGCCAUGCCAGGCUGUGCCCGCUCCCGUGCCAGCAGGAGUAUCCGGCCAUGUAUCCGGCAGUCGUACCCACUUCCCUCCUCGCACCAGGCUGGAUCGUAGCUGGGAAGAGAGGGACACACCCAGGCCACUCUGCUGGUGGCUAGAAAGGCCAAAUCCAGCGUGAGAGCUGAGCAGGGCCCAGCCUGACAAUCACAGGGCGAGCGGAGAGGCCGGGUACCAAGGGGGGUCCCAAACCCUCCAGUGCUGGCACCUGGCAAAGGGUGUGUUCGUGGCUCGGGGCUGCCCUGACAGGAUUUUUGGGUUUUUUUUUUUUGCUAACUUCCUUCCCCUGCCCCCUCUUUCUUAUUGUUGUUGUUGUUGUUUUAAUUAUUAUAUUAUUAUUGUGUUUUAUUUAAGCUGUCCCACUAGGACUCGCCCCCACUCGUGUUUCCCGGGCAGGGCCGCAGGCAGGGGCUCAGCUCGGGCCGGCGCACCACUGUACUGUACAUAGAGGAGAUGUAGGCACAGGCUGCGGGCAGGGGGGCAGGCAGGGAGGAGCUGCCCAGGCUUGCCCAGCUGGCACAGGCAGUCUGCAUCAUGCAGUGCCCGAUCCCAGCACCCGGGACCGGGACAGAGCCGUGCUCUGAGCGAGGGCAGCCCAGCCCGCAGCCUCUGCCUACGUGGGUACUUCUGCACACAACUGUCUUAAAACAACUGUUUUUUUUAAAGGUCAAUAAAAACCAUGCAUCGAA